GUUAUAUAUGGUUAUAUUUUUCAGCCACCUGUAAGGUAAAACCCGUUAAUAAACUGAAUAUUAUUAAAUUCAGGUGCAGUGAAAAGUGAAAAAAUAGUUUUAACGUCUCCUUAUCCAUUCGCUUCACUUGGCCAUUUUCUAUUAAAGAUACGAAGUUUUAUGGGAUGGAAGUACUUGUUGUUUAUGUGUCGAAUGAGGUUAGGUUGAGUGAUAUGUUUGACGUAUAGGCGACUAGGCGUGUAUAAAAAAAUACCUCAAUAAGUGGAACAUUUAUUGAAAUCACUUGACAGUGAAUUGAAGUUUGAUAUUUUGCAUUCUGUGAAAUUCAAUUUGCCAUAAAAAUGCAGACUUGAGUAUGAAUUACAGUAAUGUAUUCAUGGGCGUAGUGCGUGACGCGUUGCAGCGAAAACUAAAAAAAGUGUCAACGGUUUAAUUAAUGAUUUAGAUCAUCUGCAGAGAUAGACGGAAAUGUGAAUCAUACGUUUGCUGUCGUGAAAGAAGAUCUUGGUACCAGCUGAUAGUUCACUAUUAAUUUGAACUAAUUCUGGCUUUUGAAAUACGAAAAUGACUUGAAGAUAACAUUCUGAGAGGUCCGUUCCAGGAUCUAGUUUUUGCACUAAAUUCAGCCUUCAGGUGAGAAGAAGACUCGAAAAUGGUGUAUCCAAUUUUUGACGAAGAUGCUUGGUAUUACUGGGCCAUCUCCGUUGGAACACUGCUGUCAUUUGUAGGACUUCUCGUUGCUUGCAUCUGCAGUUGUCGUCGCAAUGAGAACAAGAAUGAGUUCCUGGGAUUAGCGGGUAUGGUGACAAUCACUCAUCCUGACAAUGAAGGUUUCAACAGACUGCCAACAUCAGACAUCUCUCAAGUUAAUUCGCAAGAUACCACGGAUUGUGGCAAAAGGCCUACCACUGCUAAUAGAAGUCUUCCAGAUAUCCCAAAGGAUAAAAAUGUGACCAGUGGAAGUAGGAUGGAAUCAACUACUCAAGAUGUAAUUUAUGAAGCGACAGAAAGAAUAGGAGAUACUUUGGAGCUUUAUGCUACUGUACAAGAUAAAGAAAGAAAGUCUGAACGAGAAAAGCCAAGUAUAUCUCAACAAAGUUCUCAAGAAGACCCUAUGUAUUCUUACGCGAGACUUAAGACUCCACAAGCCAAUAAAGAUGAACAUCCUUACGCACAAGUUCAAAAUGUUCAAAAGACUGAGACUAGCCAACUCAUUAGAAAUAACGCAAGUCAGUGUAUAGAUAGUUCAUUACCAACGACUUCAGUCAAUCAACCGAGUGGAAAUCCAGUGGCUCCGCCGAGAACUCGCAGAUCAUCAUCACACAGUUCCCUUUUAUGUACAGAACCUCCGCCUGAUAUUCAAGCAGCUAAUGCUAUUUCCGGUGAAGUACAAGCCAAUCAGGAUUUACCGUACAUGACACCGCCACUUUUAAUGCCUCUUCCUCAUCCGCCGCAGCCUCAAAACAACAAUCUUCAACAACAUUUUAGCGGAGACUCACAGGAUUCUAAAGGAUAUACGAGCAUCAGUGUCAGAGAACCUUUAGCCAAUAUAAUUGCGCAAACGAAACAAAGACCUUCCCGUCCAUUGACGGAUCCUCAUUAUGCUACAGUUUCAGACGAUUCAGAUGAGAUGUAUGCUGCCAUCGAUGAACAAGACAAAGUCUAUACAAGUGGAAGUGAAACUUAUGCUCAGAUUCAACCAACCACCAGUGACACAAGCAGAGUUGUUCCCAAUGAAUCAGUAAACUUUGGUCAAACUGCUUCUCGGGUGGAAGAAUCACACGUGUCUGCACCACAACCGCCUAGCGUUGAUAGUUUGCGACAUGUGGCACACGCUCAUUCUAGGCAAGCAUCAUCCUCGAGUGCAACGAGUUCAAUUGUCAAUCCUGGAUCUCCGAAGCCUGAGAAGCGUCAAGCAAACUCGCCCUUGCCACCUCCUCCAGAAGGACCUGCUGAUCUCUACGCUCAACCCGACAAAAGAGGUAAAGGUGACGAUCGCUUGCGAUCCAGCGUCUGUUCUGGUAAGUCUUUGGAAGACAUGUAUGCAAAAGUAAUUAAGAAAAAGCGAGAAGUCGAAGAAAUGCACUCGGAUACUGCUGCGACGGGAAGUGCAUUCAACUGCGAUGUAUCCGUUCCAAGGAGGAAGCUCAGUCUUAUUGAAGUGAGCCGAGCUUCAUGGUCUAGUCACGAAUCAGUGGAGAUUCAGAAGCGGGAGCAGGACAACUCUCACCACUUCCCAGCCGAAAUCAACCCGAACUUUCAGGACGCGAAGGACGAUUAUACGAGAGUCUUGCGAUCAACCGAGGUUGACGUGAGUACUUCUACUGUCGAAGUUGAUCAUGGUUACGAGGCAGUUGAUUCGAGUCGUAAACCGACACCGAUUGUUGCUCCUGCUUCAAAUCCAAGCAACGCUCCUGAUUACGAGAUGCUACGUCCGCAGUACUCGAGAGAUCCUAGUCAUCAACCUCAUCCCAGUGCAGGUACGAGAAACGGAGAGGCCUUGCCGAUUUACGCCUUGCCUUUUAAACACAGACAAGUGAGCGACGCGAGCAGCGAGGAUCCGGGAUACGAGAGAGUAAGGUUGCCAAAGAGAGUUGAAUUAGAUCCGGAUACAGACUCUGAACCAAACUAUGAGAGUAUGCCUCACGAACCGAAUUACGCAUCGGUUUGCCGUCCUGGAGACAGUGACGCCGAUCCUAACUACGAAUCGGUUAAUCACAAUGACCCGAAUUACGAAAGUGUUAAGUAUAUGAGCAUGGUGCAGGGUGAGGAUCCACCUUAUGAACAGGUAAACAGUUACAAAUGCGAAGUUAACGCGAGUGCUGGGUAUCAGGAAGUUAAAAAGGAGAAAACUAUGGAUCCUGAUUAUGAAAAAAUCGAUCCGAAUUGCCCUUCGGAGCAAACCAAUAAUGGUGACACUGACGACGAACAAUACGUCCAGGUUUAAGGUUUUCUUUUUAAUAAUCGGCACGGUCGUGCUACUCGGGAAUGUGCAAAAGGAACAAAACAGUCAAACUUAUACUCAGCUCGAAGCGCGUUGGGGAAUCUGAAGGGAAGAGUAAAUACCUAAUUAGCUAUCUUGAUUGAUAAGGGAGCGUCCACAUAUUUUACAAUCACUUGCCCCGUACUUAUUUAUUGAAUAGGUUGACAACCCAUUUUUGUUGUGUCAAUCUCUACAUUUGGCGUCUUAAAAAGAAAGCACUCUUUUAAAACUAGUUGCAGUUUUAAUUGAAAUAGUCAAUUGAAAUAUAAAUAAACAUUUUUAAAACUCUAAAUUUACCUACAGAUGUAAUUAAUGUUUUCAAUAUAUAAUUGGCUAGUAAACAAAUAAAAUAAAGGAGUGUGAAUGUGAAGGGAGCAACUAGUAAAUUUUGGAAACAUUUUUUUAUAAUGAAAGUAACAAUAUGGCAGUUUAUUAAUCGAAGAAUACAUUUAUAAGUUUAAUUUUCAAAUUUUGCAUUGCUAAUCAAUAUCAGAACUAUUCUUCUUAAACAAGCGUGACAAAAAUGGUUUUAAUAUGUGAGCUGUUACAAAUCAUGGCCCAUAGAAUAUAAUCACCGUGGAUCGAUAUGCCGGACUUCACAAACUAGUCGCCUCGCUGUCCGGAACUGAUAUUGCCUGCAACAAAAAAAAUAAUUGUUACAGCAAUAAAUAAAAGAAAUAUAUACACAGGAGUAAUAUAGUCUUGCAAAUAAAUAUAGAAAGUAAAAAAAAGGACGCAUAAGUUUUCGGAAAUUUCAUCUCUGAAACUACUGACAUUGAAGAACUACGGUAUAAAUCUUUUUGUUUUGUUUUUGAUUGUGUUUAUUAUUUAAUAUUUCCACCGUCCCGAAGAAAGUUGUCUUAACAAAGAUAUCCAUAUGCAGAGUCUAUCAACUAUAUUAUG